CUCGGACCAGACACUCGUCCAGCUUCGUCUCCUUUGUUUUUCCCCCCAGGAAACGGGUCUUUCCCCCCCACACACACCGUGUACAAAUGGUAAUCCCAUGCGGCCAUUUGAUACCUAAUUGAGGAAAGCAUCUCACACGGUCUCUCUGCUGCAGUUUAGGCCUGUGCAGGCAUGGAGCCCCUGGCAGUGGACGAUGACAUUUGCAUCCUCAAACAUGAGACUGCAUACACAGCCGCUGGUGAAAGCCCUGUAUCAGUGUGUGCCGGUGACGAAUCUGUUGCCUCCCAUUUUGCACUGGUCACGGCCUAUGAGGACAUCAAGAAGAGGCUCAGAGACACGGAGCGAGAGAAUACCUUGCUGAGGAAAAGGGUUAAGCAGCUAGAGGACAAGCUCUUCAGACCUGAAGCUCCUCCAUCAGAGGGUCCUCAGUAUGUGAACAAGGCUUUUAGUGCUUACCGAGGAAUCUACAUGGAGAAGGAGGAUCUACAGUUGGAGCUUAACAAGCUGAAAAAGGAGAAGAGUGAGAGUGAAAGGUUGCUGACUGAGCAGCUCCAAGCGAAAGAGUUGGAGCUGCUUCAGCUAAGGACGGAGUUGGAGACCAGCCAAGGUACAGUGAUGAAGAGCCUGAACAGCCCUCAGGACUACUGGCAGGUAGAAAUGGUCAACACUGAGAUCCAGAUCCACAAACUGCAAGAGGAGGUAGAGAGGGUGACACUGGAGAACAGUCGGCUGCUGGAAAGAAGCACAGGGGAACCUCAUGGCCUUAACGGACCGGACUUGGACCAGACCUGUGACACAAAGUAUAAUGAAAGGGAAAACACCAUGCAGCAUACAUACACAGCUUUGUGUAAUGAGUUCACCCGUCUCCAUUCCGAGAUGAAGCAGCAAACAAGCCUGAUUAGGAAACUCAGGCCCGUGAUCAAUGAGACAAGACAAGCUGCCUCAAAUGUCCCAAUCCAGUGUUUGGACGACAUUGAAAAGAACAACAACCUCCCAGUCCCUCGGGUGUCAGGUCCACACCCGCCCAGCGCCCCACCGCUCCCCUCCUGCUCCGGGCGGCCCUGCCCCCCCGUCAGCGGCCCCCCGGGCACGCUGCUGCCGGACGGGCUGAGGGAGGACUGCUGGUACAACGGACCCUGGCCCUCUCAGGAUAGUUCAGGAGACGUGCUGGCUGGGAGGGACCUCCACACUGUCGUGCUGCCCCCGCCUCCCCUGAACCAGGCCUCGCUGGAUGACAGCUCCCACUCCUUCCCCAGCCCCCCCAAGCCCAGUGAUGCCACUUUCUGGGAGGGACACGCAGCUGCGUCCAACUCCUCUUCCUCCAUGGGAAACAGCAGUCACAACCCUUCCAGUACAGAUUGGGUCAAGCCCUAUUAACAGAAACUUUGAAAGGAGAAUUAAUGAUUAAUAACGGGGUGGAAAAGAAACAAACGGAGGAAUGGGUGAACUCUCCAACUCUGCCACAUAGCUACCACCUAACCUGCCUUAAGUUGAUUAAACCACUCAUUAGUGGUGAGCUCCAAUGGACCUGCUGGUUGUAGGAACGAAUCAAGGCCUGAUGUGGUCUUUUUUUGAGGUAAAUACAGUCAAAUCAUUCUUUUGCCAUCUCUGCACACUGCAUCACUGAACAUAUAGACCUGCAGAGAGAGAUCUGAUGAGAGACCCUCAAAGAUUGAAAUCCUUUCUAAAUGUGUAUGUGUCUUUUUAUGCACAUAUAAGUGUGUGCCUGUGUAUGCAGAUCCAUGUGUGGGCAUCUUAGGCCUGCCUGAGUCUGUAUAAACCCAACAGAGCUCAAAGGGUGUCUUUCCUCAUAUAUUGUGGCCAAGGAUCACUUGAUCCACAGCAUAGAAGUAUAAUUUGUAUAAUUGUACCUCCUUAAUGGAAGUCUUUUUAAGUUGGAUCACUGUAAAGUAUACACGUUAUAUAGCCCCAUGUUUGUCCCAUGAUCAUUUGUGGGACAUUUCUGGGUUUAGGGACUUGGAAUUUUGUCUUUUUGUGUUGUUAUGGAGACAGGCAUUCAGUAUCUGUAUCAUGAGUGUAGUUUAUUUGUUUUUUGUUUCAGUUUUCAAAUAUUACCAAAUUUAAAUCUUUGUUAUUUUGCACCAAAAACUUUGUAUACUGCAUCACUUUGGAGAUUGAUGUAUUUAUUUGGAUGUUUAUGGAGAUUGCAGUGUUGGACAGAUAUUGGCAAUCUAAAAAUGUUACCUGCACCAGAAAACAGAGAUUCAUGAUUUCACAACUCAUGCAAGCUUCCUUAAAUCUGCCACUUCUCACAUAUUCCUUU